AUGUACUUCUUCCUGUCUGACCUCUCCCUCUUGAACUUCUGCUUCACCACCAGCAUCAUUCCUCAGCUUCGGUGGAAGCUCCGGGGGCCCUCCAAGACCAUCACUGUGGCCGGAUCGACUCUGCCGGGCCCUGGUGGGUUUAGCCUCGCCACGAGGCUAAACACCACGAUUCAGGCCACCGUCAUCUUCUGCCUGCCCCGCUGUGGACACUGGCGACUUCUCCACUUCUUCUGUGAGAUGCCCGCCAUGCUGAAGCUGGCAUGUGUGGACGUCCGGACCAAUGAGAUUCAGGUCUUCGUGGGCAUUUUGGUCACGAUUCUCCUGUCCUUGAGCCUGAUCACGGUCUCCUAUGGGUCCAUCGCCCGGGCCGUGCUGAGGAUAAAAUCACCCUGGGUCUGGAGGAAGGUCCUGGGCACCUGCGGGGCCCACCUCCUGGUGGUUACUCUCUUCUGCGGUUCCAUCAUGAUGGUCUAUAUCCGGCCCAACAACUCCUUCACUGGAACGUUAGACAGGUUUCUGACCCUCUUCUACACCGUGGUCACCCCCACCCUCAACCCACUCAUCUAA